AUGCAAGUAAAUUUGAAGGUUGGACCGAUUCGGUCACUUACUAAGUUCUAUGUCGUAGAUGUAGAUGUGGCUUAUCAUGCUUUGCUUUCGAGGCCAUGGCUUAAUAAGCAUAAGCUUGUUGUCUCUACUUAUCAUCAGUACAUGAACGGAAGGAUUGGGCUAAGGCCGCUACGAAUACCCGGAAAUCAAGCACCGUUCAACAAGAAUGAAGCUCACUACUCUGAGGCGGAGUUUUACACUGAAUGCAUAGGUGCUGGAAGAAACCCGUCCAAGGAUUUCGGGACUUACCUUCCUUCGUGGACUGAAAUUCGUGAUCUAAGCAACGAGGAGCUCAUCACCAUUAUGGACCGAGAAAGAAAGAGACACUCGAAGGUCAACAAUCAUGCCUAUGAUCAACCUCAAUGCUCGAAAUAUGCAGGAGAAGCAAUGCAAGCUGACAACUGCAAAGAUCCAGAUAACAAGGCACCUCUGCCUUGUGCCUUUCAGGAACCAAUGAUAGCGCCUAAGCACAUGCAAGAUGGUUCAAUGGCGGUAGCCGAGCAAUUGGAAACAAUCAACUUGAGUGAUGAUCCAUUGGUCCAGAGACCCAUCUCCAUCAGUGCUCACUUGGCAAAGGAAGAAAAGGAAAUUUUGGUGGCUUUGUUAAAAGAAUUUCAAGAUGUGUUCGCUUGGAGCUACGAUGAAAUGCCCACACACUGA